GAGACAGUCGUGAUGGAUAAUAAACUAAAUGUAACAUAUAUAACCAUUGGUGGGUAUGUGGAACUUAACAAGUACAGAUAUCUUUAUUUUGUGAUCAUGUUUACAGCAUAUAUUCUGAUAGUCUGCACAAAUUCUACUCUUGUGUAUCUUAUCUGCAUUCAUAAAAACCUCCAUGAGCCUAUGUAUGUUUUUAUUGCAGCUUUGUUGAUCAACUCUGUUCUUUCCAGCACCCCGAUCUACCCAAAGCUUCUGACUGAUAUUUUAUCUGAGAGACAGAUCAUCUCAUAUUCAGGCUGUCUCUUUCAGUGGUACUUUUAUUAUUCUUUAGGUGCUUCCGAGUUCUUGUUGUUGGCAGCCAUGUCCUAUGACAGAUACGUGUCUAUAUGUAAACCUCUGCAAUAUCCAACUAUCAUGAGCAGAAACACAGUGUGCAUACUGCUGGCUUUAGCUUGGUGUCUGCCUGCCUUUCAGUUUGCAGUGCAAUUCCUGCUGAAUUUCAACAAAAAAAUCUGUGACUAUACUUUCAAAGGAAUCAUUUGUAAUAGCACACUUUUUAAACUCCACUGUGUGAGAUCAAGUGUGCAAAACAUAUUUGGCUUGGUUAUAUUUGUGAAUGUUAUUCCUCUCCCUUUGCUCUUCAUUCUUUUCACAUACACCAGAUUAUUUAUGAUAGCUUAUCAGAGUUCCAGAGAAGUCCAGAGAAAGGCUGCACAGACCUGUUUACCGCACCUGCUGGUUUUAAUGAGCUUUUCAUUUUUUUCUGCUUUUGAUGUACUUUUACUGCGAAUGGAAACAGAUUUUCCUCAACAUCUUUCUUUCGUAAUGUCAUUACAGACCAUAAUUUACCAUCCUCUAUUGAAUCCAUUAAUAUAUGGGCUGAAAAUGAAAGAAAUCUAUAAACAUCUUAAGAGAUUGUUUGUUAAAAUAGUCUAG